UCACGCUGCACUGGAUCCCGCCCACCCGGCGCUGGGCCCUUCCACCCGGAAACUGCCCUGGCCGGCUAGUCUGUUGUCCUUUCCUCCAGAGAGACUGGCGACAAUUGCGGCAAGCAGAUUGUUUAGUUGACCUGUGAGCCACAGCUUCGGGCCAUGGAGGGGGACGGCCCCGCCGCCACGGCCCCGCAGUACCAGCCGGCUUGCCCUACGCGGGACGCGUGUGUCUACAGCAGCUGCUAUUGUGAGGAAAACAUUUGGAAGCUCUGUGAAUACAUCAAAACACACAACCAGUACCCGCUGGAGGAAUGCUACGCCGUCUUCAUAUCGAAUGAGAAGAAGAUGGUAAGUUGGUACCUAUCUGGAAACAGCAGGCAAGACCCGAGAAUGGACCUGUGACCUGGCCUGUUGUCAUGUGAGGAGCAAUUGCCUCCUACGCCUGUGGCCGUGGCCAGUCACUCUCGUCUUCAUGCCUUUCCCACAGGGUUGGUUAACUGUAGCCUAUGAGACCAGGAGCCAAAAUAAACAUUUGCUUACUGAGGUUGUUUGUGUCAGUUUUGUGGUUCUGGAGCUGAGGCAUGUUGAUGCGUAUAUGGAAUUACACAGGGAAUCGGAGGCAGGGUCUUUCUCUGUAGUUUUGCUUGGCCAGAACCUUCCAGUUCUCCUGUCCCACCUCCCAAGUGCUGGAUUUAGAGACGUGUUUCGGCCACCAUGUCUGGCUUUUAGUCGGUUUUAUAAAUGUCCAAUGUAGGGCUGGAGAGAUGGCUCAGUGGUUAAGAUCACUGACUACUACUCUUCUGAAGGUGCUGAGUUCAAAUCCAUGCAACCACACGGUGGCUCACAACCAUCCAUAAUGAGAUCUGACGCCCUCUUCCUGUGCGUCUGAAGACAGCUACUAGAAAAGGCUUUACGAUUUAGUUCUCUCUCUCCCUCUCUCCCUCUCUCCCUCUCACACACACAUACACCCAGCUUAGUAUUUUUCUGAAUAUUUAUUUUAUUGUCUGUUGCAUAUUUAUUUUAUUAUUUGCAUACUUAUUUAAUAUUUUAUUAAAAUAUUUAAUUAUUUGUCUGUUGCAUGUGUGUGUGCGUGCGUGUGUGCGUGCAUUUGUAGCAAGUGCACACAGAGGUGAGAACACAACUCUGUAGUGUAGCUUCUCGCCUGCUUUGUGGAGGCAACAAAGAGUUUCUUUUGUUUCUGUUGCUGUACUGUGGGCUCUAGGCUCCCUGGCCUGUGGCCUGUGAGCUUACAGACCGGUCUGCACCUUCCACCUCGCUGCAGGAGUGCUGGGAUUGCGGAUGGAUGUUCAACACCACAUCCACAGGCUUUUUACAUGGGUUCCAGGAGAUGAAGUUGAAUUGUCAGGCUUUUGUGGCUGGUUCCUUUUCCUGCUGAGUCAUCCUUGGCUAAGUCAUUCUUCACUAAGUCCUAGGUCAAGGGGACAGGAAGUUGAAACACAGGGUCGCUGUGGUGGAGGAGAGCAAAGGUCUUCAGGCCAGGAGGAAGUGGGCAGCAGCUCUUAACCCUGGAUAGAGCCCCUUUCUCCUUUCCUCUAUUGGAGCUGGAGCUGCAGGGAGCAUUGGAUGGUGUUUCCUGCCAUCUCAGAGAAAGCGUUAGCGUGCUGAGGAAGCCGACCUAGGUGGUGCUGUUAGCGUGCUUAUAAGCUCAGCAUUUAUUUCCGGUGCAUUUUUUUUCUGGGUUUGAAGCACCAGCCUGCGUUCAUGUCCCCUGAGAGUCGCUUGUCCUCCUGUUCAGCUGGUACUGGCAGUGUCUUGUAUCUGGCAGUGAGGGUAAGAGGUAGCAUCCAUUCUGUCACUAGGCCGGGCUGUGAGAGCUGUCUUUGUCUUUCUCCCUGGAGAUGAGAUCUUUCCCAGGCAGGUGAGAGCUUGGCUGCUUUGUGUUGUGUCCUUUUUUCUUUUUUUGUUUUUUGUUUUUUGUUUUUUUUUUUUUUUAUUAGAAGAAUAAUAAAAAUUGGAAAGUUGCAUCCUUCUUCGCCCUAACCUUGGGAAGCCCCUACUGUUAGCAGUUUGGAGGGCCACCCACUCACUCCCUGUCACUGUAAGUAGUACAGGAGAUGAAUCACAGUAGAGGAAAGGUUUAUUUUGUGCUCAUAUCUGGUUUCAGUCCAUGACUGUGUGUGGCUCUGUGUUUGCGCUUCUAGUGAGGCAGGAAGGCGGGUGGGGCAGAGCUGUUUGUCUUAUGGCCAAGGAGAGAAAGAAGAUGAAAGGACUAGGCUCCCAUUAUCUCCUUCAGGGACACGCCCCCCAGAGGCCAGGAGACUUCUCUCGAGGCUUCACUGUGUUUUUAUUUUUAAGGUCUCAGUAUGUAGUUCUGGCUGGCCUGGAACGCUGCCUGUACACCAGGCUGGCCUGGACUCCCAGGGACCCACCUGCCUCUCCCUCUCGAGUGUUGGGAUUAAAGUGUGUGUCGCCACAUCCACCCUGGCUUCGCCUCUUGAAGCCUCCACUGCCUGUCUAAUGUCACCUUGAUAAGUAAACCUUCAACACAAGGUUUUUUCCCCCCAGGGGGUUGGGGGAGGGGGGUAGCGAAGGUCUGAAGUGUAGCUGUCUUUGUAGCUACCUCCUUUUUCAUUCAUAUGUGUGAAUAAGUGUAUGCUUCUGAAUGCAUCUGCCCAUCUUUAGGUGAUCAAACUUUAGAAUACAAAAUGCAUCUGUGCCCUACAAUCAGUUUCCCUGUUCAGCUAUAGAACAUGGGGUGCCAUGGAACAGUGUGUCACACACCGCGAUUGUUUAGCCAUUCCCGGUCCCUGGGCGUUUUUCAGUGCUGUGGCUUUGUGUUUUCUUACC